AUGCGCGCACAGCAUGCAAAGGACGAUCGUGCCAGCGGCGUGGCAAACCCAAAACAGGAACAAGACCCCAUCGAAAGAAGAAGGCUACAGAAUAGGCUGUCCCAGAGGAAUCAUCGCCGCAAAAUCCGAGACCGAAUUGCCAAACUACAGGAGCGGGUUAUCGCGAGUGAACUCAGAGCAGCGGCAAGCCUAAAUGGUUGGAGUUAUCACCAUCCUACGGCACCGUUGGUCACCACAUCAUCAGCAUACGAUGUCGAGAGAAAGGUUCUAUCGCCUGCUGUUGAGAUUAUGCCUGCGAUGAAUGGACCUUAUCUACCUGGUUCGACAGGUAUUUAUCCUUACAAUUCUCUGAGUCCGGCACCUACUCUACCACCACAGCCCUCACCAACUUUUCCUCAGUACGAGGCCUCUGUGAAAGAUGCCGAUUCAACAAGCUCGUCAUCACCGUCUGUUCUCACGAACAGUAGUGUAUGCUCCCCAGGCGCUAGCUCACUAAAUGUGGACAUGGCACCGAAUACCUCGAACAGCUACGUUCCACCGGACAUGAAUGGCCAAUUCCAGGCUGAGCCAUGGAAUGUCUAUACUCAGAACUCUCAGGCCAACUUCUAUUAUUUGGCCACCGAGACAUCACUGCCUCAGUUAUUGCAGAUUUUGGACAAUGGAGGAAAUUUGAAGCCCAAGGUAAUCAUUUUGCUUCAACCAAAUUCCCAUCAAGCAGGCGUUCCACCACCGUCUACGUCUCAACCUCCCUCACCAGUGGAGCAAGCUCCAGCCACGAGCUCGUUUCCCAUGCAAAGCUUGACAUGUCAGUGUCACAAUCGAAAUUUCUUAUCCGAGUCUCCUGUAGACUGGAUGCAUCCAACUAACAGUGCGAGAAACCAGGCAUUGGUAUUUCCUAAUAACCGGCAUAGAUAA